AGAAGCACUGCGUUCAUUGCGCAUGUGUUGUGUACAGAGAAACAUGGCGUCGGAAGAAGAGGAUCAAGAUCUGGAAACCCUGCGAGUUGCUGUUCUAGCCUCUUUCAAGCCAAAAUCACAGCAAGCAUCACCUAGCAAUGAAGCUGGUUCUCCAAGCCCAGAUGGCGAGAACGAGGUGUCAGAGGAGAAGCAAGAGGAGGAAGAGCAAGACGAGGAUGCCCUGAGGAGAGCUGCUCUUAAAUCCACCAAAGAAAUCAGGCUAGAGGAUAUCCCUACACCACAGGCACCACAGCCUACCUUUCAACUUAAAGGUAACCUCAUUGCCAUUCAGCCAGUGCCUGAAAAGCCAGUACCUACCCACCUCAACCCAAGUGAUAGACCCAGACUUCCCCGGAACAACAAGUUUGCUCGCUUUGCCUCCUCUGAUUCUGAGACCAACAGCGACACCGAUGAUGACAGCAGUGAAGAGGAUUCAGAUGAGGGUUCAGAAAGUGACCAAGAGGGACUAAGCAGUGACAGCUCUAAGAAUUCAUCUUCAAGUGAUAGCAACACCAGUAGCAGUGAGGAGAAUGAUCACUCAUCAAGAUCAAGCAGUGAGAGUCGAUCAAGCUCUUCAUCUUCAUCGUCAUCUUCAUCUUCGCCCUCCUCCUCAAGUUCAUCCAGCACUUCAUCUUCUUCUGACAGUUCUGACUCAGAUUCAGACGAGGCUGGCAAAGGACAUGAUCGUAAAAAAGCCAGCCAAGGAGACUUGGGAAGGAGAGGCAGCAUCAGCAGGCAUAGGAGACAUGAGAAAGAAGGAGAUGAUCAACGGAGAGACCACAGAGAGCAACAACACCCAGAGAGGUCAGGGAGAGACAGGGAUCGAGAGAGACUAAGAGCAUCCCCUCGAAGGGGAAGAGACAGCUGGCAUUCCAGACACAGAACAUCCCCAAAAUCAGGGGAGGACCUUCACAGUUACAGAAGUAGUGCCCCUGGCAGGUCAAGGAGAGACUUGGACAGAUUAAGAACAAGAUCCAGAUCCCCUAGAAUAAGACGGGAUGAGCGGGUUUUGCGUACACGUCCAGAUGGAUCUCGGGGAUUUGGAAUCAGUGAGAGUAAAGUGCCUUCUGUAAAUGAAUCACUACAGUCUCGCUUACUUAAACUUGCAUCCUAUGAGAGCAGUGGGUCUGACAGAAAGAGAGAUAUUCGAGAGUUUUCAAGCCGAAGCCACAGGAGUGGGGAAAGCAGGACAGGAAGGAUUGACCACAGACGUAAUUCAGACAUUUCAAAGAGGUCCGAUGAAAAAUCAGAUAAGAAACUUGGCAGUCCUAAAGCCAAGCGCACAUCAUCCAACUCUGACAGUAAUUCAAGCUCUAACUCCGACAUAUCAUUAAGUGAUAUGGAGAGUGAAUCUGACAAGGAAACCUCCCGCUUCAAGCAUGCAAAGGGUGAAAAGCCUCAGGGUGAGGUUGACGUGCGUCACAGGGCUAUCCCUCGCUCAUACAGGGAUGAUUUCAGUCGAGGUGAUAGACGAGGUGAGCGUGGAAGAGAGGAGCAUCGGAGGAGAGACGAUAGAUACAGGGAUGGACGGCGAAUUGACCCUGGCAGGACUAGGGAUGAACGAAGGGACAGAGAUGAGGCCCACAAACGUGACACUGACAGGCACAGGGAUUCCACCAAAUCACGAAAUGGACCCAUGUCAGUUGUCAAGUCAAAGACAGUUGAUGAACCCAGUGCUAAAAAAAUUCCCUCGCUCCUCGACAUAAAGGUCAGAAAUCCAAAUCUUGAUCCCAGCCUCAGACCUGACCUCAAAAUCAUAUCCAGACCUGAGCCCAAUAGUACAAGUAACACCAGAAGACAUGACAGGUCUCCUACAGCCAGGGAAAAGUUUACGUCCCCUGAGAGACUGAAGGAUCUGGAGAAGAACUUUGAAAGUGAGUCUGGGUCAGAAGACGAGAAUGUCCCAGCUGGUCCACGUAGCAUUGUUAAAGUGGACAAACGGAGAGACUUAAAAUCUCGUUUAGGUGUGCGAGCUGCCAUAACAGACCCAGCUAAAAGUGCAGAUGUGGCUGGGCAGAAAAGGGACGGAGACAGUAAAGGACAAUCUGAACAUGUUCAGAAGGAAAGAAGGAAGAGGAAAUCCGGAGAUUCAAGAACCAAAGAUGGGCUAGGGGAGGAUUUCAAAAUGGAGGGCAAGGGCUCCGCCGUGAGAUCGAAUAGUCCUGAAAUACGCAUCACAUUUAAUGAAGGCCCCCCUGCCAAAAGAAAACCAAUCCAUGAAAGGCUCGGGAUAAAAGGAGCUGGUAGCAGCAAACCUAGACGGUCUGUCAAAGACCGUCUGGGGAAGAUGGUCUCCAACCCCAAAAAGGCUCCAAAGGAUCCCAUCCCAGCAACAUCUGCCUAUGAUGACGAUGAUCCACUGGAGAGUCAGAUACCUGUUCAAGUUGCCUCCAAGCCUAGGCAAUCUGUGAUCGAGCUGAAGACUCGAGCAAAACAGGAUGCAGAGAGCAAGCGUCAAACACAGAAACAGGAAGCAGAGAUUCAGAAGCAGAAGAAACAAGGAGAAACUAAGAAUUUUGAUGAUAAAAGCAAGUAUUAUGCUAAAUUGGAAAAGCAACAGAAAAAUUUCAAGACUGAGGUGUCACAGAGGAAACCAAAAGACAUAUCAAAAAACGAGAACAGUAACAAUGAGCAUCUCGAAAGGGUUGAACUUGCUAAUUCAGAGACAAAUACUGUUGAAGAAGGCAACGAGAAUCCCUUACAAGUUAAAUUUCCAAAGGAGGAGCAACAUCUUCAGGGAAAAAGUCAUCCCAAAGAUGGCAUGAAGAAGCAGGAAAUAGCAGCAGAGGUGAAAAGAAACACCAAGAUCAAACUUAGGCGAGACUCAACUCAGAGAGCUAAGACUGUGGAAGUCCAGGUAAGCAUGAAACGGGGGGACAUACAGGAGAACAAAGAGGAGAAGGUGCUGGAAGAAGCCUGCUCGUCAAGAAAGGAGGCUGAUGGGAUGGCUUCAGAUAACGAGUUUUCUCAGGAAGCUGUCCAUUCAGGAUCACCCCACCAAAAUGACAGGAAGGUCAUCAGCGAUUCCCAAAAGUCUGGGAGGAACAUUGUCCGAACUGAAUCUCCUCACCCCAUAAGGCAAAUUGUCUACUCCAAGUCAGACAAAUCAAACAGAAAUGUCAUAUCUGCAGAUUAUGACACAUCCAAAAGAAAAAUUGUCCACGAGGAGUCUAAAUUAACUGAAGUAGUAGAGUCAGAGGCAUCUCAGCGGAAGAUAGUUCAUGAUGAAUCCAAACACUCCCAGCGGAGAGUUUAUCAAUCAGACGUGGACUCUUCACAUAGAAAAAUCAUCCGUGAUGAUGACCCAGCCCGAAGAAAGAUCCUCCAUACUGACUUGGACUCUUCAAGGAGAAAGGUACUCCAGUCAGACCAAGACCUUCCAAGGAGGACCAUUGUCAAGGACUCAGAUAUGAAGAGGGGGCCCUCUCCAUCCUUCAGCUACGACGACAUUCGCCAGCCCAAGAUGAGCCGGAGCAGCGAGUUGUGGAAGCGGGAAUGCAUUGAGGAGCAGACUCGGGAGGUGGAGAUGAGGAUGGAGAAGGAAGAACGGAUGGUGAUUGAGGAAACCAGGGAGGCCGAGGCCAAGAGACUUAAGGAGGAGGCACUGAAUGCCAAGAUCCAAAAGAUCAAGGAAAAGAAUGCAGCCAUUCUACAACGCCACAAAGAAAUCGAAGCUGAGAAGCUCAUGUUUGGAUCUUGAGGACAGAAUCCAGCUACGAAAUGCAUCCUAGAGUUGCUGAAGCAGAGUAACUCGCAGAAACUCUUGGUUAUACAUGUAUUUGGUGUUAAGCAGGACUACCUGUAAGCAUCUACGCACUUGCAGUACCUUGGUUAUAACCUGCUAAACCUAAACAAAAAUGGUUACUAAAUAUUCUUCUGGGAAACUCGAUGGAAAUAUUUCUGUAGUCUUACAAAGUCCAAUAGAAUACUCUUGUCCCAGCACCCAUUUCCCGUGGUUCAUUCGCCAAAUACAUGUACAUGUAGUUUACGAGUUAAGUAAAGCCUUUAACCCCAGCGGUGUCGUUGACUGAUGGGCUCGUUCUCUGCCACGUCCAUUUGUUAAUAAAUAGCCUGUUUAUCAAGAACGAAGUUUAGUUUUUCUAUUUGUGAUAGCUUGUCUGGUCGUAGUGGCAUAAUGUAUUUGAUUCAAGUUCACAGCUCUCAAAUUACAAAUGCACCCUGAAAUCGCAACAUCACAUUGUUUGCAUCUGAAGUGUGACCACUUGAAGUGUGAAUACUUUUUCUGGCAUUUUUAUUUGUAUAUACAUGUAUCAAACCAAAAUUAAAUGUUAUCUCCUUUGAGCAGUAAUCACCUGUUUAGUCCAAGAGGUGAUUGAUUUUACGGAUGGAAAUCCCUAAUGCUUGCACAGCCAUCUCUCAGUGAAAUUUUUGGGACAAGUAAAAUUAUAAUUUUCUGACAAAAUUGUCAGGUACAAAUACGAACAGUGAGAGGUUGUUGCUACUGUACUGUCUUUUUGACUUUGUGGCGGACGUGUUACCCCAGGAGCUUACCCUGGGGAUGAGAUUGUUUUCUUCCCAGAUUUCAUGAUUUUUCUGCAGGAGUUUGAAAUCUGGAAAAUCCUGACAUUACCAUUAAGGUGUUUCUACAUGCAAAGGUGAUAUAGGAAAAAGUGGCAUUUUAAGGGGUACUUUAGGCAUACACAAAAUCCUAUAGAUGCUACACUACCGUAAGCCCUCGAAACGUAUGGUUGUUUUGUGGAUAUUGUAUUCCUACUCUAAUUUCACCCCCCCCCCCGUUAUCUUGCAUUGUGCGCAUGCGUGUGUGCAGUCAAUUUGAACAAUUGCAGUUUAAGUUUUGUUAAAAGUCUGUAACAGGGCUGAAAUCUGUCGGGAUAUGUCCUGAUUCCAGGAAUUUUUAUCAGCAUUUUGCCGACUUCAAGAUUUUUAAACAGUCCGUUUUAAAAUGUGGAAAAACCUGAGCUUACCAUUACAGUGUUUUGAUGUACGGUUAUACGGAACACAAGCAAUGGGUUUUUAAGGGUACCUAUUUAGCCAAACACAAAUGUAUACCAUAGACCUCGCACUUUUGAGGGGCCCUCAAAACCUCUCGUGAAUAUUUCGUCGAUUUUUCAAUUUCUCUUGAUUUUGCCCCUGCUGUGAUGUUAGUUCCUACCAUCCUUGAAAGCUCUUGUGGACAGGUGCUGGUUGUAUGAAAAAAGAAGGCUGUACCCAUUGCUUUGUAUUAAUGUACUUGGAUAUUGUGUGCGAUGAUGGAGGCCAAAGAUUUCAAAUUUGGACUAAUCGUUAGUCGUUACAAGCUUUCAAUUCAUGAGUGACUGAUAUUGAAUUUACAAGGUAUUACGUUGAACAAGAUUUUGAGAAGAGGCGUCUUUAAGAUUACCAUUACACAGAGUCCAUUUUUUUUGUCUAGGUUAUGUCACGCUCUGGCAAAUUGUGAUCCCUGAUGAUUUUUGUAUACUUGUAAUUUUGAUUCUAAAUGAAGGAUUACUUUUUUUUUCAUCAUACGUGUAUAUUUUUAUCUCCAUAACUAGACUGAAGAGAACAGAAAUCAGUGCACUGUGAUUACUUUGUAUAGAGUUUGACGUUGCAUUACCAGUAUGGAGAAUUUGUUGUUGUUGUUGAAUGAAGCCAAUGUUGGUCAACCUGUUGGAGUAAUACAGUCGAACCUCGUUUAUGACUUAAAGGGGCCCUUUGGGCUUAACAAAUUACCUUGUUGUAACCGGAACCUUGAAUUAUGAAAACAAAGGAUUGGGACCUAAACUUUUCGUUUUUAUAAGCAAAAUCUUGUAUUAACAGUGCUCUUAUGAACGAGGUUCGACUGUACAUGUACAUCACGUUACAUGUACCUGUACAUGUAUUUUUUUUCACCAGUUGAUGCCCAAAGAAUAGUGGUGUUAUUGGCUGAUGGUUCCUAGUUUUUGUAUAGAGCGAUGUAGUACAGUGUUGUAUGAAAUUUGGACCCUGGGAGAUAAGGAUCCAUAUUGGGCUGUACUGUGCAUGCACGUACACAAAUUGGAAGAGAGUCACCACGUGCAUUCACAAGGGAUACAGUCCAUUGAGAGAGACCAAAUUUCGUAUGACACCAGCAAUGAAAUAUAUGAGAGAAUUGUACAUUUACUCUUCAAACUUCAGAAGUGCUUUUGUAAUAUUUGUACAGCGAUUUGUUGAAUAAAGUGGAACUCGCUCGUUCAAAUUUACCAGUCCUAA